AAUUUCACAAGUGUUCUAACUCAGUCCGAAAAUACCUUUACUUUUGCUCCGUCUUCCUGAGCUAAAACCCUAACCCUAAAACUCUUUGCAGAAGUGCGAUACCUUGUUCAGUCGAUAUGUCAGGACGAGGAGAAGAGAGCGAUUCCGAUGCUCCCGAAGAACUGACUACUUUACAGGGAAUUGAAAAAGAUGAGGAGAUUAGAAAAGUUGAACGAGAAAAUAAGGCUAGAGUUGUUCGAGAAGGUAAGGAACGUCGUAGACAAUGGGCUCAAAAGUUAACUCCACGACCUACUCGAAAUGAUGAAAGCAUUGAAGACAUAAAAGAACCUGAGAAUGCCGAGGGGUCAAAGGACAAUGGAGGAAUGCUACCUGAUGAGAUUGUGAAAAUCCUUGCAGCUCGUGAGAAGAAAAUCUUCUCGUCAGACUCAGAAGAAGAAGAUCAUGAGAAGAAGCCUACCUCUAAAAAGAAAAGAUCCAAGAGCUCUGGGUCUGGACCAGUUAUCUUGAAGGAUCUACCACCUCCUCCGUGCUUAGAGAGCUCACUGGAAUUCUUAAAGAAACGCAAGAUGCAGGUGUCAAGAUCAUCAGCUGUUUUGAACAAUUCCAAUCAAGCAUUACGGCUUCUAUCCACAUCUGGGUUGCUACGAAACAAAUGAUGGCCGAUGAUUCUGAAUUUUUUUAGCUCAUGCUUAUGCUAAUGCUGUAUCGCUUGCUGUGAUGAGAAAUAUGCUCUGGUAAAGGUAUUAAACAGCCAACGCCUUCCAGACAUGGGAUGGGUAAACCAAAAAGAAAGAAGUCAAAAGAUGUGUAACAAUUAUUUAUGGUAUAUUGUGGUGGAACUCUUCAACUGUCUAACUGCAACACUCUCAUCCCAAUCAAGUUUUGAAUCAUUAAGUAGUGAACCAAGAUUAUGAAUUGCUUAAACAAGAAAAAGAUGCUGUUUUCCUUAAGAAAUGUUGUCAGGUUAGAAUUUAGAAACUACAGUUGCAUUGAAUGGAUCCAUUGAAGGGAAGAACAGAAAACUCUGCUCUAGACUAAUUUUAUUGUAUGCAUGGUUGACGGUGUACUCAAACAAGUGGAUAUCAACCACCAUUGUUAAUGGCAUCUUUAUACUUUGUA